AAGAUGAAACCACAGUACCAUACGAUACCAAAAACCCUCUUCUCGCCAAAUAAAUUAAAGGGACCAGAACUUCUCGACUCUCCCCACAUAAAUAUCAAGCAUUCAACUUGCAGAAGAAUCAACUAUGCCUGUCAGAAGCCGCCGUGGGACGGCUCACAGAUUGGUGCUGCGUGAGAGCCCUCGAACCAGUUAGUCAACUCUUUCUGUGUCCAAGCUUUAAUUGAAGUCAUGAUCUACUUUUUUAUAACCACUUACUGAUCACCAGCUAGACGAUUCUCUCCAAUUUCUUAGAUCUUCAGAGAAUCAAAGUUGCUACUAUGGUAGAUCUUGAUCAGACUUCACCACCCUAAUAAUGGCCACUUCCCCUCUCUCUAUAUAAGCCAACACCAUGUUGAAGAAAGCACGCUCACACUGUACCUACCAACAGCAUCAACAGCCAUGGGGCAGGCUAGGGCUCAACUCCUAGCCUCCCUAGCGGCUAUCUACCUCAUCCUAGCCAUCCCCCAUGUCACCGGUGGCCUGACCGAUGACCUCGAGAUAAUGUGGGGCAACGCAAAGGUGGUCACUGACAGCUCCGGCCAACAGGCCAUUGCGCUGACUCUUGACCGCUCAACUAGCUCUGCGUUCCGGUCGAAGAAGACAUGCCAAUUUUGCAGGAUCGAUGUGGAGAUCAAGCUCGUCCCAGGGAACUCAGCUGGCACUGUUACCACGUUUUAUAUGAUAACAGAGGGGGCAUGGCAGUACCAUGACGAGAUCGACAUCGAGUUUUUGGGAAACAGCACUGGGCAGCCCUACACCAUGCACACUAACAUGUAUGCCAGAGGACAAGGUGGCAGAGAGAAGCAGUACAAGUUUGAUUUUGAUCCAACUCAAGAUUACCACAAGUACACCAUCAUCUGGAAUAAAGACUGGAUCUUAUUUCUUGUCGAUGACAAGCUGUACCGGCAGAUCAAGAACAACCAGAUGUACGGUGCCCCGUACCCAUACUAUUAUCCAAUGAGGGUGUAUGCCACCAUCUGGAACGCCGACAACUGGGCAACACAAGGCGGGCAGGUCAAGACCGACUGGUCACAGGCGCCCUUCACGGCAUACUUCCGGAACUACAGGGCCAUCUCAUGCCCCCAAUACGAGAACAACCCCUUGUGUCUCCCAGCCUCCGGUUGGUUUAACCAGGAGCUGGAUGAGUCACGGAAACAGCAAAUGACGCAGGUGGACUCCAACAACAAGAUAUAUGAUUACUGCAAAGACCCCAAGAGGUACAAGAAUGGGCCGCCUCCAAGGGAGUGUGGGUUAAAUUAAAGUAGAAGUGAUUCAUCCAGCAGAUAGAGAGGGUCAGAUGUGUAUUUUAUGAUUCAGCAAUUCACCAUCAUUCUUUUCAAGAUGAACAGUUCAAUUAACAUUUGGUCCAUUGCGUUUAAUUAAAUAGAGAGAAUAAACAAUAACAUCA